AUGGGAUUCUCACCAAGUAUUACGAACACUACUCUUCUGCUGACCGUUCUGGUCAUUCUUCUUCCAGUCAAGACCUAUGCGUUUGGAGCGGGAGAUAUCCCUGAUUUCGCGUAUCUCAACGACAAGGCAUUCCGACAUGGUGACAUCGAAAAUGUCCUGGAAACUCUUGUGAAAUCAGCUGGAGGAGGCACUAUUGGAGGCGCUGGUCUCUUGGGUAUUGCUUCUUCGGUCCUUAAGCAUGUCGCUGGUGGCUCGAAGUUCAGCAAGAGCGAUAUCAAGAAGGUGUACUUCGGAAACUGGUUAAGAGACUAUUCACAAGCUAUGGACAUCGCGGGCCUCAGCAAGCUGUCUGCCAAUACUCUUAUUCUCGUAGUUUCCGUUCUCGGUUUCAUGACCUUUGGUUAUUCGACCGAAGAAUUUGAAGUCACUGCUGACCGUCUCGGUGUUUAUCUUCCAGUGGAACAUAUCGACAAUCCAAAAGGCUAUGCGGAAAAAGAGGGAGAUGCGCGCAACUUCCAUCCAAAGCUCCGACCUCCUGUGCAGAGUGAAGAGCUUGAAAUUGAUGCACGCACGGGUAUGAAGAAAUAUAUGGCCACAGAAAAUCAGGGUUGGGAUACAUCUACAGCGUUCAUUCGCCGAACUUUCCGUGCUUGCAUUGAGCGAGGUCGCCGCGCUCAGGGCAACGAGAACGCAGACUUAUGGGAGGCGUUCCGCUUGUUGGGUACUGGCUUGCAUACCAUGGAGGACCUCCUCGCCCACAGUAACUGGUGUGAGAUAGCUCUUCGAAAACUGGGGCACAGACAAGUUUUCUGCCAUGUUGGCGACAGAGUCACAGUGAACACCCCCAAUGGCCCAGCUCCUCCUCUAGUUACAGGCACCUUUGGAAGCGCGGACUUUUUGCACUCCUUGUUAGGAGAAGCGGGAGACAAAUUGAGUCAGGCCAGUGUAACCGAUCUCUCAAGCAAGUUGAACAACGCUUCGCAACAGGGUGGCAGUAAACCGGAUAUCUCGAAGCUACAGGACCUCCUCAGCAAAUUUGGAGGCGGCGGUGAUGACAACAAACUGAACAAGGGAGAAGAGAUUAAGCAGCAAGCCCAAGGUUAUGACUUCAAUCCUGACAACGUUGCGCCACCCGAAGUUCAGCAGAAGCUUCUUGACAUUUUGAAAUGGCAUGACGAUGUCAUGAGGGACAUUGUCAAGAAGAUUGAGAUGGUCCCGGGUCUCACCGACUUGUUAGACGAGUUCUCGAAUGCCCUGAACGAAUACAUUUACACUGUCCUUGCACCAUACCUCGGGCCUAUCUUAACGCAGGCAACCUCGGCUCUCGAUGAAGGGAGCAAAGCUGUCAUCGAUAACGACGACCAAUACGAGGUCUUCAAUAAUCCUAAUGCCCACGACCCAUCUCACAGUCUUCUUUCAAAGGAUCAUUUCGGUUUGAUUCUGAACGAACCCGCAGGAAAGAUUGCCCAGAUCGUUGUGGUUCAUACAGUCAACCUCCUCGUCAGGGCUUGGGGCGACAGCAGCAACCCAGAUGACGUCUUGGAGGCUUUCCAUCACCCUUACUUCGCCACCGGCCGCUCGGAGAUCCAGAACAAGAUGUUCGAUCAAAUGCAAAAAUGGAUCGGUGGUUUCGGUGGUGAAGUCGACGAGAUCCUUCAAGCUUUGACGAAAGAAAGCGUUCGCGAACACAAGAACAAACGCAAGGGAUUGGAAGAUACGCCUGAACCUGGCUACGGUGGUUGUGGUCAUGGCUACAACCCUAGUCAGACUGGAGGCAGCGUUGCAGGUGUCUACUCAGCGUCAAAGCCCACACAGUCCUAUGGGCGAAAUGACAAUAGUGGUGGGUAUCAGUCGCAGUCGACCUAUGGCAGCUCCGGGAGGAGUGGCACUUCUUCAUAUGGCUCUGACCACCCCUCUGGGGGCUACGGGUCUCAACGAAGGGACGACAAUACCGGCUCGUACGUCGGCCAGACUGGAGGAUAUGGCGGUCAGAGACGGAAUGAUGAUAAGCCUGCAUAUGGUGGCUAUGGUGGUCAGCGUCGUGACGAAGACUCUGGCUAUGGUCAACGGCACGACGAUAAACCUGCAUACGGAGGUAGUGGCGGAUACAGUGGUCAGCAACGCGACGAUGAUUCAAGCUACGGUCAACGGCGCGAUGAUAAGCCAGCAUAUGGUGGCGGUGGAUAUGGUAGCCAAAGGCGCGAUGAUGACGAUUCGCGAGGGUAUAGUGCUAGUGGAGCACAUGGGGGUCGUUCCGACAAUCAAGGCUAUGGACGCGACCAGAGGGAUGACUCCCACGGACCCGCCCGGACCUAUGGGGGCCAGAACCAAACUGGUUUAAGUGGUGGAUAUACUCCUUCGUACGGGCAAUCAGGCGGCGGCCAGAAAUAUGGCAAGAAAGACGAGUCGGAUGACGAUGACCGUCGUGGUGGCCGUGGCAAGAAAUAUGGCCAGGGCAAUGACUCUGACGAUGAAAAGGAGAAGAAGAAAUCCGCGCAAUCUAGUUAUGGUGGAGGUUAUAGACGCGGUGGAGACGACAACAAUAAUCACGGCCGUUUGAAAAAGGACAAGGACGACUCGGAUGAUGACGAUCGCAAGCGUCACGGAAAGCAUAGCAAGAAGGAUUCGGACGACGAUAGGAAACCUGGAGGAUAUGGUGGCCAGUCUGGCUACACCCCUUCCUACGGUCAAGGCUCUUCUGGACAUGGAGGUCGUGAUGACACCUUCGGCGCCGAACGUCUGAACAUUGGCGGUCGUGAGGAUGAUUCCGAUGAUGACAAGAAACGGCGCAACAAGUACGGCGGAGGCAGGUACUAA